AGUUGAUUGAAAACCCGACCCAAAGAAGAAAGUGGAGCGGCGAACGUAGUUUAAGCUCUGAAACUGAAAACCUCAUUCAUUAUUCCCCGCCAUCCAUCAAUCAUCACUCUCAAUCUCCUCAACUAAUGGCAACUGGGGGUCCUGGACUCGAGUCUCUUGUAGAUCAGCAAAUUUCAGUCAUUACAAAUGAUGGACGAAAUAUUGUGGGAGUCCUAAAAGGUUUUGACCAGGCAACAAAUAUAAUUCUUGAUGAGUCACAUGAACGAGUUUUUUCUACCAAGGAAGGUGUUCAACAACUUGUUCUCGGUUUAUACAUCAUUAGGGGUGACAACAUAAGUGUUGUUGGUGAACUGGAUGAGGAACUAGAUUCUAACCUAGAUUUGUCCAAGCUAAGAGCUCAUCCCUUAAAGCCUGUCAUCCACUAAAGUAAUGUAGAACAAUGUUACAGUUGUUAGGAGAUGCUUGCUUUCUUGCUUUUUGGGCAGGAUUAGAGCAUUGUUAGUACACUACAUACAACAUUAAGCCGUGAAAUGAAAGUGUAAGAAUAUGCUGAUAACAUAAUAUGCUAAAUAAGUAAAUAUCUUGAUUAUGUUGUUGAUUUUGGCAUGAAAAUCAUGGCUUUGAUUAUGCAAUGUUGGAUUAUGUAAUGCAACAAACUCCUGACUGUCUGUUCCAAAGAAACUUUUAUUUUUCUUAUCA